CCUCAUCAUUCAUCUCGCUCACAACUGGCCGCCAUGUCAUCCUCAACGCCCCGACUCGACUUGAAUCGUCCACGUCCCAUCUUCCUGGGCUGGACCGCCCUCAUCUUCGUCGCUGGCUUCGGCUACUACUAUGCAAAACAGUCCAAUCUCGCCCAUUAUCCACGCGGCGCUUCGCGCAGCAACACAUGGAGAGCAGCGCUACGCCUUUGGACGAGACGGCACGCAGGCAGCCAAUCUCGCGCCAUGGGAGAGCGUAUGAGCCUACGCAAAGGGGGUUCGACUUACAAUCGCGGCAUUGACCGCUUGGCUAGGCACUUUGCAACGACGUCUCUGAGUCUCUGAACAAAGUGUCAGGACAUAGCGUCAGGACAUAGCGUCAGGACAUAGCGUCAGGACAUAGCGUCAGGACAUAGCGUCAGGACAUAGCUUGUGGACAUAGCGUCAGGACAUAGCGUCAGGACAUAGCGU